AUGGGCGCAAGAUUUAAAUUUACGUUUUGUAUCAUUACAAUAUGCCUGGGCGUCGUUGCCGGCUUGCCGGCCUCGAUCGAGCCUCCUUUGCCAGCAACAAAGUUUAGGCCUCUAUCUAUCUUACCGCCCGGUGAAUAUCCUACCCCAUUACAAGCACCACCAAUUUUACGGAGACAACCACGUUGUGACGAUCCUUCGUGGGAACCUUCGCCCGAAAAUUGGGUGAACGAGGGUGUCGAUGAAAAGUUGGCCGGUUGGUGGACUAGCCAACAGGCUGAAGGACUUUCAUCUACAUCUACAAUCGUCGACUUGCUCUCUACUUCAUUUGGCGACAUGUCCCGCGGCCAAGAAUGUGGGAUCGGGAAAUCCAAUUGUUUUGUUCCUGAUUGUCAACCAUUUCAAGAUAACGGUGGCCCCAAGUGGGUCUACUUCGUCCGUUAUGCUUUCGUCCAGAUGAGCGACCUCUUCCAAAAUCUCUAUGACGCCGCCAAUACGGCAGAAGAAGAUUUUACACCUCUGAUUCUGGAUCUCGCAAACGGCUUCUUCCAAUGGAAUGAUCCUUCUGUGAAACUCAGGGAAGCACAACCGUGGAUCACCGCUGGUGUCGAAUCCGUCCUAUCUUUUAUCAAUCCUAUCAAAUUCAUCAAUCUUUCGCCUGUCCUCCGUAAUGUAGUUGCACCCCAAGUGGUCGACACGACGAAAGAGUUUGCCGCGGCGGGAACGACGUAUAUCGGCGGAAGUGGUGACUCUGCGCUUGAACAUGAAAUGGGCACUGUCCGGGAUCUUGGGGAAUUGAUCAAAACGGCGACUCAAGAUCUCCGUGAGAGCCUCGAUGCCUGGUCAAACACACUAUUUAGUGGACAAGUCGACGCCACGGGCAGGACCAUCAUUGAUUAUCUGCGCGGUGGCCGUUUCACCCUGGACUACAUGUCCGCCUCCGAGAUGUCGGACUGGAUGUUCAAGCUUCGGAUAGCCUGGUUGGUGAAUAGGCAAUGGCUGGACAGAGCAAAAAAUCACUCGAAGAAAUUCGUCAUGUGUGCCAACUCGACGGACAUACCGUGCAACGAUACCUCGCGUUAUACGGAAGGUGGUCGGGCGUGCUGUUUGUACACUCUGUCCGGUAAAGCGAAGUAUGAGAAUGCCACGGACUUCGCAAAGCUUCAGUCUUCCCAGUAUCGUUUCAGCCUCUCCGAUAUCACCGCGUCUGCCUUGCACUCCUAUCUAGCCAGACGGUUUAACUACAGCACUGUGGACGUCAAUGACACGAUCAUGGCUUCGAUCUCUCCUGAUGAUUCCAAACAGUUCUAUUCUCUGGGUAUCAAGGCACCCGGGAUAUUUACUAUUCCAGUCUGCGAUGUUGGAGAAUAUGCUGACUGGGUAGUGAAUUGGAACAGCAAUGAUGCGAAGUUGCCAUGCUGCUGUGGGGUGGACUGUUCAGAGACCAGAGACUUCUAUAAUGCCUCGGCCAUGUAUAGGCACCGAAAACUAAAAGAUGCCGACUUCAAAAGCGCCUUGGACGACAAGUGCAGCAAGCAGUUCGAGGAGUACAAUAUGCACUGGUCGGCAGCAGUGCUCCACCAGCACAUACCCAGCCUGGCGACCUUGGUUCUCAUAAUGGCGACAGGUGUGGCAUUUGCUUGGUAUUUAUAA